UCAAUGGGGAACCGUCUGUGAUGCUGGCUGGGAUUUAACAGAUGCUGCAGUGGUGUGUAAUAGCAUGGGUUGUGGGACUCCUAUAGCAGCAGAGACUGGGGCUUUCUUUGGGCAGGGUUCAGGACCCGUGUGGCUGGAUGAUAUGAGUUGUUCUGGGAAUGAGCCAUCAGUGAAAAAUUGUUCAUCAAUGGCAUUAGGAACAAGCACCUGCAGCCAUGAACAAGAUGCUGGAGUCGUCUGUAACCCACCUGUUAGGUUGGUGAAUGGCAUUAACUCAUGUUCUGGACGAGUGGAGGUUCUUCAUAAUGGUCAGUGGGGAACAGUGUGUAAUGAUUUCUGGAACACUACUGAUGCUUCAGUGGUGUGUAAAGAGGUCGGAUGUCCAACUGGUGGUGAAGUGAAAAGCUUUACUUACUUUGGACCUGGUGGGGGAGCAUUAUGGAUGGAUGAUGUUUAUUGUACAGGGACUGAAUUGUCACUAACAGACUGCACAUUUCGUGGAUGGGGAAUACACAACUGUGAUCAUUCAUUUGAUGUUGGAGUCAUCUGUCGAGAUAUUAGACUGGUAAAUGGAUCUAAUCAGUGUUCUGGAAGAGUGGAGAUCUUAUAUAAUGAUCAAUGGGGAACCGUCUGUGAUGCUGGCUGGAAUUUGGCAGAUGCUGCAGUGGUGUGUAAUAGCAUGGGUUGUGGGACUCCUGUAGCUAUAAAGACCGGGGCUUUCUUUGGUCAGGGUUCAGGACCUGUGUGGCUGGAUGGUGUGAGUUGUACUGGGAGUGAGACAACACUUAAAAAUUGUCCUUCAAAUGCAUUGGGAACAAGCACCUGUAGCCAUGGACGAGAUGCUGGAGUCGUCUGCAACCGUGAGCUUUAA